UCACCAGUAAUAGAUGUGGCAAAUAUGUGGACACCGGAGUCUUAGCGUCUGAUUUGCAAAGAAUGUACAGUAUAGACUAUGGUCGAAGAAAAAGAAAUGCUUUUAGGAUUCAGGUAGAAAAAGUAUUUAGCAUAAUUAGUAGUGAAAAAGAGCUUAAGAAUCUAACAGAAUUAGAAGAUCAACAUCUGGCAAAAAGAGCAAGACAAGGUAAAGAGGAUAAUGAGUAUACUAAAAGCUAUUCUGAUGAUGAUUCAGAUGUGGAUGAUUACCCAGAUCCACAGUCAGCAAAUCAAAUGAACAGUUCCCUGCUCUCUUUAUAUCGGAAAGGAAACACUGAUUCCGUUUCACAUACUCCUGAGAUGGAGCAAAGAGAAACCAGCGCUUCGACACUACGGAUAACUUCCAAAACAGGCUCCAUUCCUUUGACGGCCCCUGCCAGAGGUUCUGAGGGAGGAUGGUUUAUUGACAGAACCCCAGGUGGAAAGAAAGAAAGUUUUUUCGUUGACCUAUCAGAUGAGAAAAGUAAUCAUAAGAAGCCAAUAUCCGAGAUACAGGAUUCAAAGGAUUCUUUUCUUCUUGAAAAUGAUAAAAAAAGGAAAGGCAGGCUAAAGAGCACAGGAAACAAAAGGAAGAAAGAAGAUCUUCAGGAGGUAGAUAGAGAAAUAGAAGCUGUGCUGCAAAAGAAAGCUAAAGCCGGGGGCCUAGAAUUGCAGAUUUCCAAUGUGAAGUUUGAAGAUGUUGGAGGGAAUGAUACGACAUUAAAAGAAGUCUGCAAGAUGCUCAUACACAUGCGUCACCCAGAGGUGUACCACCACCUGGGCAUCGUGCCCCCUCGUGGAGUUCUCCUUCAUGGGCCACCAGGCUGUGGGAAGACACUACUUGCACAUGCAGUUGCUGGGGAACUUGACCUGCCAAUUCUGAAAGUAGCUGCCCCAGAGAUUGUAUCUGGAGUAUCUGGAGAGUCUGAGCAGAAGCUGAGAGAACUAUUUGAACAAGCUGUGUCAAAUGCACCCUGUAUCAUUUUCAUCGAUGAAAUUGAUGCUAUUACCCCCAAAAGAGAAGUUGCUUCAAAAGAUAUGGAACGAAGAAUUGUAGCACAGCUUCUAACCUGCAUGGAUGAUCUAAAUCAUGUGGCUGCUACAGCUCAGGUCCUAGUUAUUGGAGCUACUAACCGACCAGACUCAUUAGACCCUGCUUUGAGACGUGCAGGAAGGUUCGACCGAGAAAUAUGCCUAGGUAUACCAGAUGAAGCAUCCAGGGAAAGAAUACUUCAAACUUUGUGCAGAAAACUGAGACUUCCUGAAACCUUUAAUUUUUGUCACUUAGCUCACCUAACGCCAGGUUUUGUUGGUGCUGAUCUGAUGGCCCUCUGCCGAGAGGCAGCCAUGUGUGCAGUCAAUAGGGUCUUAAUGAAGUUACAGGAGCAGCAGAAGAAAAAUCCUGAGGUUGAAGGUUUGCUGUCUGAAGGAGGCCAGGAGGAGAGGCUGGGGACUGAGCUCACUUCUGAAACUCAGGAUGAAUUGCAAAGGCUGCUGGGGUUGCUAAGAGACCAAGAUACCCUCUCAGAGGAGCAGAUGCAAGGACUGUGCAUUGAAUUGAAUGAUUUCAUUGUUGCUCUAUCCUCAGUCCAACCCUCUGCCAAAAGGGAAGGCUUUGUCACUGUCCCUAAUGUGACAUGGGCAGAUAUUGGUGCCCUGGAAGAUAUUAGAGAGGAGCUGACCAUGGCAAUAUUGGCACCAGUACGUAACCCAGACCAGUUCAAAGCUCUUGGAUUGGUGACUCCAGCUGGAGUCCUCCUUGCUGGUCCUCCUGGCUGUGGGAAAACUCUGCUGGCAAAGGCUGUGGCAAAUGAGUCUGGACUAAAUUUUAUAUCUGUCAAGGGCCCUGAGUUACUAAAUAUGUAUGUUGGUGAAAGUGAACGUGCUGUGCGGCAGGUUUUUCAACGAGCCAAGAACUCAGCACCCUGUGUGAUAUUCUUUGAUGAAGUGGAUGCUUUAUGUCCUCGAAGAUCAGACCGAGAGACAGGAGCAAGUGUACGGGUGGUAAAUCAGCUGCUUACAGAAAUGGAUGGUCUGGAAACACGUCAGCAGGUUUUUAUUAUGGCAGCCACUAACAGGCCAGAUAUCAUUGACCCUGCCAUCCUUCGCCCAGGUCGGCUGGACAAAACACUGUUUGUGGGUUUGCCACCCCCAGCAGAUCGUCUUGCCAUCUUAAAAACUAUCACAAAAAAUGGCACCAAACCUCCACUGGAUGCAGAUGUAAAUUUGGAAGAAAUUGCUGGUGACCUUCGCUGUGACUGUUACACGGGUGCAGAUCUCUCUGCUUUGGUACGGGAAGCUUCUCUCUGUGCCCUGAGACAGGAAAUGGCUAGACAGAAGAGUGGAAAUGAAAAAGGUGAACUCAAGGUUAGUCAUAAGAACUUUGAAGAAGCUUUCGAGAAAGUAAAACCAUCUAUAUCAAAAAAGGAUCGAGUGAUGUACGAAGCUCUGAAGCAGUCCCUCAGCUGGUGACAGCUCAGUCAGCUUGGAGGAGGCAUCCAGUGCAACGAGGAGGCGUCCAGUGCAUCGAGCAGGCAGAGAAGCCCACAUGUUGACACAGGAACUCCAUUUGUGAACAUGAGCUUCAAAGACGUAUGCAGCCAGCAAGGUUAUCUGGAUAAGUGUUUGCCUUCUGGAAUUUCCUUUAGAUUGCAUGUUGACAAUGUGCAGUCUGGCCCCACUGACAAGUAAGGCUUGCCCCUGAAGGGAGGAGAGAGAUACUCAGCAAAUGUUCCAGAGAGCUCUUUCUCAGAUGUGGAAGCGAAGAGUUCACGUUAUGUGACAGCCAUUCUGUCUUCCAAGACCAAAGAAAGUCUCAGCAUGGGAAAACUCAAAUGGAAUACACGAGCUUUUCACUUCACCUCCAUCCUCAUACCUGCUCUUCCUCCCUUAUUCCUCAUCACCCAAACUGGAAAUCUUGACAUCUUCAGUUCUGAUUUGUCACCGCCAUUUAUUAUUUAGAAAUGUUUCUGGAAUCUGUCCCUUUGUUCUCACAGACAUUGACCUACUUCAGGCUGUCAUCACCUUUCAUGACUAUUACUAUAGCCUCCCAGUUAAUCUCCUGUUCCAAUCUCUUGUAUCCUGAAACCAGGAUUGCCUUUCCAAAAUAUGAGUGAAUCUUGUCACUUCUCUGCUGAACAUCCGUCACUGGCAUAAAUUCAUCAGUCUGAUUAUACACGGACUUUUUAAUCUGACAUCAACCCAUCUGUGACACCUGUCUCCUCUUUCUUUGACUGGAUUUAUUGUCAUUCCAUUAGAACGCCCUGUUCUUUCACAUGUUUGAGCCUUUGUUCACAAUGUUCCUGCUUCCAGAACGCCUUCUCUGCCUACCACCCACAGGGCCAGCUUUAGGACUUCAAUACCAUUUCCUGAGAAGGUUUGCCCAAUCCCUCUGCUUUUGGCUCAAACUGCAUUUUCCACUGACCUGGACUGACUGUGGCGCUCCUUUUAGAUCAGCUGUUUAAGUACAAUACUAGGCUGAGAGUCUCAGUGGCAGACCCCCACUCACUUUUGCAUCUAUAGCACUUGACACAUAAUAAGAACAAAGUAACUUUUUAAUUGAACAACUGAAUCACUUAAUUCCAUGGCACAAGGCACAGUUCAUAUUGGCGAGAUUUAUGGAGAUUUGAUGUUGUUUCCACCCCAGGUGUCUACCAAAGUGGAACUUCAUGGCUGUCUGAAGACUAGCUGGCAAGGUUUUGUAGGUGGGGCUUCCUCUGGCAUUUGGUUCUUGCUGUUCAGAAGCCUUUUUAGCAGUACAUACUUCUCUCUUGCUGAGGAGCCCUCAAUAUGGCCAAGGCAUUCAAAAGAAACUGUUUCUAAGAGCCUGGCCUACACGAGCUUUCUUCAAAAUAGAAAUCUCCUCUUUCAAGAGGAGAUUAUAAAUAUUUAUUACAGCCAAAAUUCUAAUUACCUCCUGCACAGACAGGAAACCCUGCUCUCCCACUCUGGCUGACUGUGAGCCUGGAAAGUGGACAGUGGGUCUUCUUUUCAGAUUCCAAGAAGUUUUGCUAGAUUGAAAUUUCUUAAAAUUAGUACUGCAGAAAACUAAAUGAGUUCCGUGGUUGCAGAAGGCUUUAGAAGCGAAGAUACUGCGUGAGGUAAAUAGCUGAGUUCAGGGAGCUAUAGAAAUGCUAUUUCACAGCAUGUGAGGAAGUCAAUUUUUCAGAUAAAACUCUCCUUGAGGGGGCUGGUUGGUUAGAGCGUGGUGUUAUAAUACUGAGGUCCCUGUACUGGUCAGCCACCACCCUGGAAAAGAAAAAGCCCUACUUGAAAAGGGGAUCAAAAGCAAAUUAAUUAAUUCAACAAACACUUCCUGAGCAUCUAC